AUGCUUCUUGCAAUUUCCGCUCUCCCUCCGCACCUUCCUGCGCCCUUCUCACCAGGAGUGCCUGACGAGCUGCUGUGGUCCUUCGACGUGCGCCUAGUGGCCGUUGACAGGCCGGGCUAUGGCCAGUCCGACCCUGCGCCGGACUGCUCACUCCACUAUCUCUUCCCCCUCUCUUCCGUCCCUGCCAACCCACCAGGAGUGCCUGAAGAGCUGCUGUGCUCCUUCGGGGUGCGCCUGGUCGCCAUUGAUCGCCCGGGCUAUGGCCAGUCCGACCCUGCGCCGGACCUCUCACUCCACUCCUUCUGUGCGGACCUUGAGGAGCUGGCGGAUCUUCUUGCCUUGGGCCGCAAGUUCUACCUGUUGGGGUACUCAGCAGGAGGCGCGUACUGCUGGGCGGCAGCGCACUACAUUCCCCACCGCAUCCUGGGGAUUGCCAUGUGGGCGCCCUUCAGCUCGUUCUACUGGCAGGGAAUAUCAGACCAGGACAGGGAAGCCAUGUUCGCCGGCAUGACGCCUCAUUCCCGCCGCUCCCUUCGUCUCGGCCGCUUCGCGCCGCUCUGGCUCAUCCGCGUUUUCAUUCGUAACUUCGUCGUCCCCUUCUCCGGUCCCUUAUGGCUGCAGCGCUUGCAGCACAGCCUCUCACCCGCCGACCGCCAGUACCUGCUGCACCCACAGGGGGCACAGGCGCUGCUUAACGACAAUACCGAGUCGCUCCUUAUGGGAUCGCACGGCGAGGGCAUGGCCAAGGACGUUGAGCUCUUCAGCCGCCCUUGGCCCUUCGAUGUCCUCGACAUAGGAUGCUUCAGUAAUAUCCAAGACAUGAUGGAUAUUGGAGAAAUCAGGGACAGUGGUGAGGACAAGGAUUACCGAGAAACAAGGAGAACUCGGGAGGAGAGUGACAGGGAUGCAUCGGACCUACCUAGUUUUGAGGCGCCUCAAAACCGAGAAAAAAAGAGAACUCGGGAGGAGAGUGACAGGGGUGCACCAGGCCUACCUCAACACGUUGCCCCUCCGUUCCUGGUGCACAUAUGGCAUGGCACAGAGGACGUUUUGGUGCCUCUCUCCCUGCAGCGCUGGCUGCAGCAGCAGCUGCCGCAUGUGGUGAAGCUGUAUGAGUUGCCUGGCGAGGGCCAUCUGUCCUGGUUCUGCCACCAGCCAAGCAACCACCAUCGAGUGCUUGCAACGCUCUUCUCGUAA